AGACCAUGAUCUGGAUAUACUUGGUUGUUCACCUGAAGAAGAGUGUGAGAUAUUAGAAGAUGAUAAAUAUUCAGUUCCAGUUCCAGGGAUGGAUUCUGAGAAUGAAUUGACAGGGGAGAAUUCUCAUGCCCACCUCUGUCUAUUUGACUCGGAGCUUGUAAAGGUUGAUAAUCUAGGAAAUGUUUUAGUCUCUUUGCCACAACUUUCUACCAAAGCAGCAGCUUCUGAGUCUAAAUGUGUGGGUCCUGAGCAUCCUGAAGCAAUAAUAACAGAUAAAACAGACAAUUUAUUGAAGUCUCCCAUAAAUAGUCCAGCAGAGAGAGAGAAGAAUGUUCAGAAACUGAAUUUGGAAGGCUUAGUGGCAUCCUUGCUACAGGAUAAGAAGGUCAACCAUUGUGGUACUAGUGGGGAAGAUGGUUUUCCUUCACACGUUACAAGUUCAACUCCUUUACAAAAAGGAGAGGGAUCAAGAACUUCCAUGUCUUCCCAUUCAAAUAGUAAUUGUAUUAAACGAACUCCUUAUGCAAAAAUGUCAAGCCCAAGCUGCAGCAAAGACUGGCUUCUAGAAUCUCAACACAUGUCAGAAAGAGCUGGUGUAAGGAACAAGUUUAGAAGGUUGCGCAAGCUAGGUGAUGGUUGUAAAGAAAUAUAUCAAGAAUACACAGAAAAAAAUAACGUUUCUCCCCAAAAAGUGGCAGGCUCUUGUUUUAAGUCCAACAGGGCUGUGAGUCGUGUGACCAGGAGGAAGCACAGAGGUGAGAUGCGGCAAGUAAAAGAUGCUAGGGCAUUCCUUGAAGUGGAAGCUGAGGUUUCUUCAGAAAGCUUGGCAUCUGAUGAAGAAGAAGAAGAAGAGGAGGAGGAGGAUUGUAAUUCAUAUGAUGGCAGUUUCAUUGAUGACCAGAUAAAUUCUCCUGCAGUGGACACUCAAGCUAACUCUUGUAGAAUGGACAUGAUGGCAAUUUACAGGCGUUCUUUACUUACUCAAUCCCCAAUGGAGCUAUUGCCAAAUGCGUGCAGUUAUCUCAGUCCAGAUUCUUUGGCUACAAGAAGUGUGAAAGCAGUAACUACAAGCUCUUCAGGAACAAUGGAUCACCGAACACCCCAAACAGGCUUAGAGUCAACAACUAGAAAGUCAGAAGCCGUGCCUUAUGCAACAACAUCUGCAUGUCCUUUAGGAGAGAAUGGGAGCAAGACGGGGAGUCAGAAACGCAAAUUUAGUUCUUGUGAAACUAGUCCACUACCCGCACGGAAUUUGGAGAGUGAUUUCUUGCAGCAGAAUGGAGCAGGGGGAAGCCACUCUCCCUUGCCGGUACAAGAGCAUAACAAAAUUGAAAAUGGGAACUUGCUAGAUGAUGAUGAUGAGUUUUUUCAAGGUAUUGAUCUUGAUGCGAUCGAAGAAGCCACGAAAAUGCUUCGGCAUAGACCACAAAGCGUCUCAGUUCACAAUCAACCCAUUUCAAUUCCAGUUCCUCAAAACAUUGGUAUUAGCAAUUCUCCUUCAUUUGAUCUUGGUUUUUAAUUUUUGGACUAGAUUUAACAGUAGAGUAGCCGUGUCUGCUUGUACAUAACUUAUACCUUGUAUGUGGCUUAUCUUUAUUCAUUAAUGGAUAAAAUCCACUUAAUAUGCAUUUUCAUGUAAGAGUAACGCACCUUCACUUGUAAAGAAAUGAAAAUUUUGGCUGUUU